CAUAGGGAGAAGGGGCUACUUAGGGCCUCAGAGGUCACAAAGUCCCUGAAUGAUUGACAGGACCUGCUGUGGUGGGAAGAGGUAGUAGGAUAAAGGAGGGGGCUUGUGCUCUUGGUGGGAGUGGAAUUCGGGGACCCAAGCUUACUGGUGAUGCGGGUCCCACGUGACCAAGAGCUGACGUGGGCAAAGGUACUUAAAGCCUUACGGCCAUCCCUGCCAUCUUCCUCCGGGUACCAACGCUAUUAAAGCUGCCGUCAGCCUAGCGAGACAGAGAAAAUUCCCUCAGAAGUGGCCAGACACCUUGCUGCCACAACCCUGCUCCCUCCCCUCCCCUUCCCUCCCCUCCCCUCCCAGCCCCCUGCCUUUCUAGGGUGCUAGCAAAUGGGUGUGCCAGCUUCUGUGGGAGAGAUGGAGCAUUUGGAGCUGUACGGGCUUCACAGGCUGGGGGACCGUGAGAGAAUCUGGUAUUAGACCGCCAUGCUAACUGCCAAGCUGCUUUCCAGACACCUGCGGCCCACCAGCCCUUCACCCUGGUCCUUUUGGCCCUGAAAAGGGAAUUCGGGUUCUUAGUCUGCCCCUGCAGUCUGUAUUCCUGUCCUUCAGCCUGUCCUCCGCAGGAAGCUCUGGCUGAAUUCGAGGUAGGAUACAGACCUCUGAAUUCUUGCAGGUCAGUGUUUGGGGUGAGGUGAGAUAUGGUGAUUCCCUGGUGUGGGUGUGGCAGAGGCCCAAACAGAACCAGAAUACUUUCUCCUGACUCUUUCCUUUCUUUUAGACACCUUUGUCCUGGAGUGUCCUUUUUGGUGCAGGGAAGGGGGCGUGUGGAAUCUGUCUUUAUCUGUCUACCUUCAGGCUCUGCAGCUGCGAGCACAGUGGCAAUUGUCCCUGAUCCCAGGAAGCUGGUCCAGCUCAGCUUGCAGCCUCCGAAGAACUUUCAGACCCGAGCUUGAGAGCCUCGAUUGGACUGGUGUAUACAUUUCACUUAAGCAAGCCAGUUCCACGACCUGGAUCAGAGAAUCACUCCAGGUGUACCAUGAGCCGAGCUCGGGAUGCUGGCUGUGUAGCUGCUGGAAUAGUGAUUGGGGCAAGUGCCUGGUACUGUGUCUACAAAUAUACUAGGGGCAAAGACCAGAAGAAGAAGAGACUGACCAAGCCCAAGAACCGGGCCUCUGUGGGUACUGGAAGCAGGGCUAGAACGGGCCUCAGAGCUGGAUUCACAAUUGACCUUGGGCCAGGCUUCAGUCCCCCAACCCCUGUCGAUAUUGAGACAAUGAACAAGUCCCAAGGAGAAGCCUCCAAUCUUGCCACAGCUGUAGCUGAAGAAGUGGCACCAGCUGCACCCAGUCCUAAGGUUCAGAAUGGGGCAGAAAGUAAGGUCCAGGAGGUAAAUGGGGCUAGAACUGAGGCUAAUAUGGCAUCAGUAGUCAUGACUUCAGCUACCUGUGCAGUUACACCUCCUCCUAAGGUGGCAGGGGGUCUCACUGCUACAGAGGCUCCAGAAAUCGUAGGAGCUCCCAAAGUGCUGGAAGCUCCCAGCACCACAGAGGCUUCUGUGACAGUAACAUCCCCUGGGCCAGCAGUAUCUCCAAUGAUAGCCCAGUCUCCUGGGCCAGUGGUACCUUCGCCAACAAUAGUGUCUACUGGGCCAGCAGCAAUUCCCUGGGCAGUGGCACAUCCUGGGGCUGUCCAGUCUCCUGGGCCAGCAGUACCUCCCAUGGCAGUCCAAUCUCUUGUGUCAGCAGCCCCUUCCUGGGCAGUAGUAGCACCUCCUGGGGCAGUCUACAUUCCUGUGGCAGCCCACUUUGCUGGGCCAGCAGCAGCUUCCAGGGUAACCCAGUCUCCUGGGACUGUGAUACCUCCCCUUCCACCUCCGUCAUCAGUACUUCCCAGGGGAGUCCCAUCAGUGCCUGGCAGAACAGUCCAGUCUCCUGGGACAGCCGUGCAUCCUGUGGCAGCCCAAUCUACUGGGGUAGUAGUGCCUCCUAGGGCAGUACAGUAUUCUGGGGCAGCAGUGCCUUCCGGAGGGGCAGCAGUGCCUUCCGGAGGGGCAGCAACUCCUAGGGCAGCAGCAUCUACCCAGAGGACAGCAAGCACAGAGGUCAUGCAGGUCCCUAGGGUGGCAGCAGCUACUGAAGCCACAGAGACUCCUAGAAUCGCAACACCUGCCAUGGUAGCUGAUGCUUCUCUGCCCAUGCAUUCUGGGGCUGCAGAGACUCCUGGGGCUUCAGGGUCCUCUAAGACAGCAGCCACUGGCAAGACAGCAGCCCCUGGAGCUCACACUGGGGCUAUACCUAAGGCUGGGUCAGCCACUGGAGCUGUACCCAAAGGUGGAGGAGGCAAGGGUGGAAACAAGAACCGGAAUGGAGGCAAGGGCAAAAAUAGGAAGAACAAGGUUGAAGUGGAUGAAUUGGGGAUGGGUUUCCGUCCUGGUGAUGGGGCUGCAGCUGCUGCUGCGGCUUCUGCUAAUGGAGGGCAGGCCUUCCUAGCAGAGAUUCCUGAAUCUGAGGAAGGGGAAUCUGGGUGGACUGAUACAGAAUCUGAUUCUGACUCUGAGCCGGACAUCCCGCAGAGAGGGAAGGGGAAGAGAACCAUUCCCAUGCAUAAGCGCCCCUUUCCAUACGAAAUCGAUGAGAUUCUAGGUGUUCGAGAUCUCAGGAAAGUCCUAGCCUUGCUUCAGAAGUCAGACGAUCCCUUCAUUCAGCAAGUAGCCCUGCUCACCCUGAGCAACAAUGCCAAUUAUUCAUGUAAUCAAGAAACAAUCCGAAAGUUGGGAGGCCUCCCAAUUAUUGCAAACAUGAUCAACAAAACUGACCCCCACAUUAAGGAAAAAGCUUUAAUGGCCAUGAAUAACCUGAGUGAAAAUUAUGAAAACCAGGGCAGACUUCAGGUGUACAUGAAUAAAGUGAUGGAUGAUAUCAUGGCUUCUAACCUGAACUCAGCGGUACAGGUAGUUGGGCUAAAAUUUUUAACAAACAUGACUAUUACUAAUGACUACCAGCACCUGCUUGUCAAUUCCAUUGCAAACUUUUUCCGCUUGUUAUCUCAAGGGGGUGGAAAAAUCAAGGUUGAGAUUCUGAAAAUACUUUCAAACUUUGCUGAAAAUCCGGACAUGCUAAAGAAACUUCUCGGUACCCAGGUGCCAUCAUCAUUUAGUUCCCUUUAUAAUUCUUAUGUGGAAUCAGAAAUUCUUAUUAAUGCGCUUACUCUAUUUGAGAUUAUCUUUGACAACCUCAGAGCAGAAGUGUUCAACUACAGGGAAUUCAACAAGGGGUCCCUGUUUUACUUAUGCACUACGUCUGGGGUGUGUGUGAAGAAAAUUCGAGCCUUAGCAAAUCACCACGACCUCUUAGUGAAAGUGAAAGUUAUAAAGCUGGUAAACAAAUUCUGAUUGAUCUGUGCCCUCCAGAUGUGUGAUCCCUCUGUUUUACCGUUGGGAAGCAUUAACAAUGAGACACUAUUGUUUUUCUCCUUGUGUGUGUAGUACAGGAAUUAUUCAGCUGCCAGUUUUGAAUAAUUCAGAGUGAUGUUAUCUGUGAUAGUCACCAGCUUUAUGCUGAACCAUUUUCUGAAUACCAAAUAGUCCCGUAGUCCUGUAGUCCUGUGGUUUGGCUUGUGCUGCUUGGAUGGGGGAUUUUCCCUGGGUCCUCUAUGUGAACUAAUAGCAAUCCUGUCCGUGAAUGGCCUACUCAGCUCUUACUUGUUUUGACUUGAAUUUUGUCACCAAAGACUUCAUAUGUGUACCAUCAAUAAAGUGUAUGUUGCAAACGGCAAAAA